AUGAAUCCGCCGGGAUCCCUGGGGGUCCUGGAGGAGAAGGAGGAGGAACAUUUAGCCACCCCCAUUCUCGGACCCUCCAUUCAUUCUGAUAAUCCUCAGGAGCGGAUCCAGGCCCGGCGCCUGCGCAUCGCGGCGCGCUUGGAAGCUCGGAGGCGGGAAGCUCUUGGAGAAUAUUUAGAUGGGAAGAAGGAGAGUGAGGAAGAUCAAAGCAAGAGCUACAAACAGAAAGAAGAAAGCAGACUGAAACUGGCUAAACUGCUGCUCUGUGGCACUGAGUUGGUGACAAAUAUCCAGGUAGCUAUAGAUACCAGAGAGAUCCACAGGCGAGUCGAGGAAGAGGAGAUCAAGCGUCAGAGACUUGAAAAGCUGGAGAACGAGGUCAAGACCAGCCAGGACAAAUUUGAUGAGAUCACCGUCAAGUGGGAGGAGGGCAAGCAGCGGAGAAUCCCCCAGGAGCUGUGGGAAAUGCUCAAUGCCCAGCAGGGGCACUGCGCAGGGCUGAUCGAAGAUAAGAACAAGCUGAUCAGCGAGUUACAGCAGGAGUUAAAAAUAAAAGAUGACCAGUACGUGAAGGAUUUGAAGAAACAGUCAGAUGACAUCUGCCUGCUCCUGGAGAGGAUGGAAGAGCAGGUGAAGAAUGUGAUGAAAACCUUUCGCCAGGAGCUCCAAAAUAUCGAGAAAGCAUUUGAGGUGGAGAGACAGGAGCUGCUGACCAGCAAUAAGAAGAAAUGGGAGCGGGCCUUACAGGCUCACAACGCCAAAGAGCUGGAAUAUCUGAUGAACCGCAUCAAGAAGGUGGAGGACUACGAGAAACAGCUCAACCAGCAGAGAGUCUGGGACUGCGAAGAGUACAACACGAUCAAGAUCAAGCUGGAGCAGGACGUGCAGAUUCUUGAACAACAGCUUCAGCAAAUGAAAGCAACCUAUCAGCUAAACCAAGAGAAGUUAGAGUACAACUUCCAGGUGCUGAAGAAGAGAGAUGAAGAAAGCACAGUGAUUAAGUCCCAGCAGAAGAGGAAGAUCAACCGCCUGCAUGAUGUACUUAACAAUCUGAGAUCAAAAUAUAACAAGCAGGUCAAGCAAUUUCAGGAGGAGAACCAGUCCCUAACCUCAGACUACAAACGCCUUGUGUUGCAAUUCAAGGAGCUUCAGAAAGCCAUGAGGCAUUUUGCUCUCAUUGAUGACAAGCAGUUUCGGGAGAUUUGGCUGAUGAAUGAAGAGGAGGCAAAGGACCUGAUAAACAGAGCCUUUGAUGUAGACAGAAUCAUCCAUACCCAUCAUCUAGGACUCCCCUGGAUGGCACCCAACUUCUGGUUCCUAAAGAACGUGGGGCCAAUUUCUCAGCAGCAGCAGAAGUCCGCCACACAGAUCUUAGAGGAAGUGCUGAUGGAAGCAGAAGAGGACGGGGCAGACGAGGACAGCUCAGGAUCAGAGUCUUACCUGGACCUGCCGAAGCAAGUUUCAGCAAGAACGACCCGCAAGAUCUUGAUGCUCCUGUGUGACGAGUCGGGUUUCCUCAUAGAGAGCAAGCUGCUGAGCCUACUCCUGCCCCUGGAGAAGAGCGAGUGUUACCUGCUGAGACUGGACGCCAUCUUCUCGGCUCUUGGAAUUGAAAAUGAAGAUGACUUAUAUAAACUGGUUAACUUCUUCCUCAAAUACCAAACUCAUCAUUCACCUCCCAGCCAGUUGCCCUUGCAUCUUUGUCCACACUGGUUCCUGGCGUCUGUGUCCCCACUACAGGAGCCACUGGAUCUCAGAGCAGAGAAGGAGGGGAGCCUUGUGGAUGGGAAGUCGCAGGAGAAGGAGCCUCCUCCUUCUCCCAAGCUCAUCCACCCCAAUGAUGUCCUCAAGAUUCUGGAGGCCUUUGUCAUGGGUCUGAGGAAGCCCAGGGACUCUUGGGUGCCAGUGAAGUUGCUGAAGGUUGUGCGAGACGACUCGAAGGACUCCGAGUACUGGAAGGCCCUGACCACGGUUAUCCCUGCCACCACUGAGAACCUCUGGGAUGCUCUGUAUACAGCCUUGGAGAAAUACCACCUCGUCCUGACCCAGAGGGCUGAGCUGCUGAUAGAAAACCGUUCUCUGGAACGGCAGAACACAGAGCUCCAGCAGUUGCUGCAGCAGUAUCUCGACACCAAGAUAAACUCUGAACUGCAAGUUCCUCCGACUCAGGUGUUCCGGGUCCCCACAAGAUAG